CUGUCGCGGCAGGGGAGAGUGUCGCCAGGGCAGCUGCGUCUGCCAGGAAGGCUACGCCGGGGAGGACUGUGGGGAAGAAGUACCAGCAGUUGAGGGCAUGAGGAUGCACCUCCUGGAGGAGACCACGGUUCGGACAGAGUGGACCCGGGCUCCUGGCCCUGUUGAUGCCUAUGAGAUUCAGUUCAUCCCCACGACCGAGGGAGGGGGCCCCCCAUUCACUGCCCGGGUGCCCAGUUCUGCCUCUGCCUAUGACCAGAGAGGACUGGCCCCCGGCCAGGAGUACCAGGUCACUGUCCGUGCCCUUCGAGAGACCAGUUGGGGCCCUCCUGCCUCUAAGACCAUCACCACCAUGAUCGACGGUCCCCAGGACCUCCGUGUGGUGGCUGUGACGCCGACCACACUGGAGCUCAGCUGGCUGCGUCCCCUGGCCGAAGUGGACCGAUUUGUGGUGUCCUAUGUCAGUGCUGGCAACCAGAGGGUGCGGCUGGAAGUCCCCCCAGAAGCUGACAGGUCACUGCUGACUGACCUGAUGCCAGGCGUGGAAUACGUGGUGACUGUCACAGCGGAACGGGGCCGAGCGGUCAGCUACCCAGUUUCUGUCAGGGCCAACACAGGGACCUCACCCUUGGGAGCCACUGAUGAGCCUCCUCCCGCAGGCCCCUCCACGACUCAAGGGGCCGAGGGCCCCCUGGUGCAGCGCCCCCAGGAGCUGAGGGAGCUGAGGGUGCUGGGCAGAGACGAGAUGGGUCGCCUCCAGGUGGCCUGGACUGCCAAGCCCAAUACCUUUGACCACUUCCGGCUGCACCUGCAGGUGCCAGAGGGGCACGGGGUGCACGAAGAGCUGCUCCCAGGAGACUUCCGCCAGGCUUUGGUGCCCCCACCCCCUUCUGGAGCCCCCUAUAAGCUGCUACUUUAUGGGAUCCAUCCUGGGGACAAGCCCUCGGUUCCCAUCACCUACCAAGGCAUCAUGGAUGAGGAGGAGCCUAGGAGCUCCCCGGUCUCACCUCGCCUGGGGAAGCUGAUGGUGACCACGGGCCCGAGCUCUGACUCGCUGCUUCUGCACUGGACGGUCCCUGAGGGCGAGUUCGACUCCUUCGUGAUCCAGUACAAGGACAAGGACAGGCCCCAGGUGGUCCCCGUGGAGGGACCCCAGCGCUCAGCCCUGGUCACCGACCUGGAGAGGGGCCGCAAGUACAAAUUCAUCCUUUACGGGCUUGUGGGAAAGAAGAGGCACGGCCCCCUGGUGACUGAAGCCAAGAUCUUGCAAUGGAAGGAACCCAGCCCAGAAAGCCCACCCCACCUGGGGAAUCUGUGGGUAACAGACCCAACUCCACACUCCUUGCACCUCACUUGGACUGUCCCGGAGGGCCAGUUUGACUCCUUCAUGGUGCAGUAUAGGGACAGGGACGGACGCCCCCAGGUGGUCCCUGUGGAAGGGCCGGACCGCUCCGUCACUGUGUCUGCGCUGGACCCUGAACACAAAUACAAAUUCUCUCUGUUUGGGGUCGCCAACAAGAAGCGGUACGGCCCCCUCACGGCUGACGGCACUACGGCCCCGGAGCAGAAAGAGGAGCCGCCUCCCGAGCCCCCAGAGCAGCCCCUCCUGGGGGAGCUGGUGGUGACCGGCGUGACCCCAGAGUCCCUGCGCCUGGCGUGGACGGUGGCCCGGGGCCCCUUCGACUCCUUUGUGGUGCAGUACAAGGAUGCGCAGGGGCAGCCUCAGGCGGUGCCGGCCAGAGGCGACGACAAUGAGCUCUUGGUCCCCGGCCUGGACUCCAACCGGAAGUAUAAGAUGAACCUCUAUGGGCUUCGUGGCAGGCAGCGUGUGGGGCCGGUGUCUGUGGUGGCCAAGACAGCCCCACAGGAGACCCCCAAUCCCACAGAGCCCACCACAGAGGCCAUAAAAACCCCGAAGGAGCCACACCUGGGGGAGCUGACCGUGACCGACACCACCCCGGACUCCCUGAGCCUCUCCUGGACGGUCCCCGAGGGACAGUUUGACCACUUCCUGGUCCAGUACAGGAACGGGGAUGGGCAGCCCAAGCUGGUACGGGUCCCGGGGCACGAGGACGAGGUCACCCUGUCGGGGCUGGAGCCGGACCACAAGUACAAGGUGACCCUGUAUGGCUUCCACGGUGGCCAGCGUGUGGGACCCGUGUCUGCUGUUGGGGUGACAGCUGCAGAGGAGGAGACCCCCAGCCCCACAGAGCCCAGCACAGAGGCCCCAGAACCCCGCAAGGAGCCGCUCCUGGGGGAGUUGACAGUGACAGACGCGUCCCCAGACUCCCUGAGCCUGGCGUGGACGGUGGCCCAGGGCGACUUCGACUCCUUCAGCAUCCAGUACAAGGACGGGGCCGGGCGGCCACAGGUGCUGCGUGUGGGGGGCGAGGAGAGGGCGGCCACCGUGAGGGACCUGGACGCAGGGCACAAGUACAAGAUGAACCUGUACGGGAUGCACCAGGACGGGCGCGCGGGCCCAGUGUCCAUCGUAGCUGUGACCGCCCCACAACCAGAAAAAGCGGCCCCUCCAGCCACCAAGCCUCCCCCGGAGCCACGCCUCGGGGAGCUGACAGUGACCGAAGUGACCCCCGAAUCCGUGGGCCUCGCCUGGACGGUCCCUGAGGGCCAGUUCGACUCCUUUGUGGUCCAGUACAAGGACAGUGAAGGGCAGCCGCAGGAGGUACCUGUGGCCUCAGACCAGCUUGAGGUCACUGUCCCCCACUUGGAGCCUGCGAGAAGGUACACGAUGGACCUAUACGGCUGGCAUGGCCAUCAACACGUGGGCCCCCUGUCCGUGGUGGCCGAGACAGAUGCGCUCCCGCCAGCCCCAGUCACUGAGCCCCCGCUGCAGCCCCGCCUGGGGGAGCUGACGGUGACAGACGUGACCCCUGACUCCGUGGGCCUCCUGUGGACGGUCCCCGAGGGCGAGUUUGACUCCUUCGUGGUCCAGUACAAGGACAGGGACGGGCAGCCCCAGUUGGUGCCGGUGACUGCAGACCAGCGCGAGGUCAUCGUCCCCGGCCUAGAGUCCUCCCGCAAGUACAAGUUCCUGCUGUUUGGGAUUCAGGACGGGAAACGACGCACCCCAGUCUCUGUGGAGGCGAAGACAGCCAUCCGAGGUGAGGCCAGCCCAGCGGCCCUGCCCCGCCUUGGGGAGCUGUGGGUGACGGACCCCUCCCUGGACUCGCUGCGCCUCUCCUGGACGGUCCCCGAGGGCCACUUCGACUCCUUUGUGGUCCAGUUCAAAAGCAAGGACGGACCCCAGCUGGUGCCCGUGGAGGGCCACGCGCGCUCCGUCACGGUGUCCCCUCUGGACGCUGGCCGCAAGUACAGAUUCCUCCUCUACGGCCUCCUGGGCCGCCAGCGCUUCGGGCCCCUGGCAGCCGAUGGUGCCACAGAGACCCUGAGAUCCACGGACCCGCCGAGGGCACAGCGUCCCCCCAAACCCCAGCUCGGGCAGGAGCUGCUGGUGACUGGAGUGGCUGCAGACUCUGUGGGCCUCGCGUGGACGGUCCUCCAGGGCCAGUUUGACUCCUUCGUGGUCCAGUACAAGGACAGCGCUGGGAAGCCCCAAGUGGUCCCUGUGGACGGCGGCCUCAGGGAGGCCAGCGUCUCGGGCCUGGACCCCGCGCGCAGGUACAAGCUGCUGCUCUACGGACUGCUCCGCGGCAAGCGCAUGGGUCCCCUCUCGGCCGUCGCCACCACUGCACCCAGAGAGGACACUGAAGCCGAGCCGGAGGCCCCCAGCCCUGUAGCCGCCGAGCCUCGCCUGGGGGAGCUGACGGUGGAGGAGGCCACGCCACACAGCCUGCGUCUUUCCUGGGAGGUGGCAGAGGGAGAACUUGAUGCCUUUGAGGUCCAUUACACAGGCAGAGAUGGGACAACCCACGUGGUCAGCGUAGAUGGCCACCAGCAGGACGUCACCCUCCCUGACCUAGAGUCAGAACACAGAUACCUGAUGACGCUGUACGGUUUCCAUGACGGGCGGCGUGUGGGUCCUGUCCACGUUGAGGCCCUGACUCGGCAACAGGAGGAGGAGGAGCCCAGUGAGCCCCCCACCACCUCCGAGCCUCCCCCAAAGCCACACCUGGGGGAGCUGACCGUGACCGACGCCACCCCGGACUCCCUGAGCCUCUCCUGGACGGUCCCCGAGGGACAGUUUGACCACUUCCUGGUCCAGUACAGGAACGGGGAUGGGCAGCCCAAGCUGGUGCGGGUCCCGGGGCACGAGGACGAGGUCACCCUGUCGGGGCUGGAGCCGGACCACAAGUACAAGGUGACCCUGUACGGCUUCCACGGCGGCCAGCGUGUGGGACCCGUGUCUGCUGUCAGGAUGACCGACCCAGAUCCAGAAAGAGGCGAAACAAUGACCACAAUCCUGGCAGAGCCCCCUCGCACGACCUCCGGGCCUCCCCCAAAGCCGCACCUUGGGGAGCUGACCGUGACCGAUGCCACCCCGGACUCCCUGAGCCUCUCCUGGACGGUCCCCGAGGGACAGUUUGACCACUUCCUGGUCCAGUACAGGAACGGGGAUGGGCAGCCCAAGCAGGUGUGGGUCCCGGGGCACGAGGACGAGGUCACCCUGUCGGGGCUGGAGCCGGACCACAAGUACAAGGUGACCCUGUACAGCUUCCACGGCGGCCAGCGUGUGGGACCCGUGUCUGCUGUCGGGGUGACAGCUGCAGAGGAGGAGACCCCCAGCCCCACAGAGCCCAGCGCAGAGGCCCCGGAGCCCCACGAGGAGCCGCUCCUGGGGGAGCUGACAGUGACAGACGCGUCCCCAGACUCCCUGAGCCUGGCGUGGACGGUGGCCCAGGGCGACUUCGACUCCUUCAGCAUCCAGUACAAGGAUGGGGCCGGGCGGCCGCAGGUGCUGCGCGUGGGGGGCGAGGAGAGGGCGGCCACCGUGAGGGACCUGGACGUGGGGCGCAAGUACAAGAUGAACCUGUACGGGCUGCACCAGGACGGGCGCGUGGGCCCGGUGUCCGUCGUGGCCGUGACCGCAUUGCAAGAGGUUGAGGAAGAGGAGACCCCCAGCCCCACGGAGCCCAGCACAGAGGCCCCGGAGCCCCACGAGGAGCCGCUCCUGGGGGAGCUGACAGUGACAGACGCGUCCCCAGACUCCCUGAGCCUGGCGUGGACGGUGGCCCAGGGCGACUUCGACUCCUUCAGCAUCCAGUACAAGGACGGGGCCGGGCGGCCGCAGGUGCUGCGUGUGGGGGGCGAGGAGAGGGCGGCCACCGUGAGGGACCUGGACGCGGGGCGCAAGUACAAGAUGAACCUGUACGGGCUGCACCAGGACGGGCGCGUGGGCCCGGUGUCCGUCGUGGCCGUGACCGCUCCAGAGGAGAAAGCUCCGACCACCCAAGCAGCGCCCACCACGACCCCCGAGCCGCCCCCAAAGCCACGCCUGGGGGAGCUGACCGUGACCGACGCCACCCCGGACUCCCUGAGCCUCUCCUGGACAGUCCCCGAGGGACAGUUUGACCACUUCCUGGUCCAGUACAGGAACGGGGAUGGGCAGCCCAAGCUGGUGCGGGUCCCGGGACACGAGGACGAGGUCACCCUGUCGGGGCUGGAGUCGCACCACAAGUACAAGGUGACCCUGUACGGCUUCCACGGCGGCCAGCGUGUGGGACCCGUGUCUGUUGUCGGGGUGACAGCUGCAGAGGAGGAGACCCCCAGCCCCACAGAGCCCAGCGCAGAGGCCCCGGAGCCCCACGAGGACGCGCUCCUGGGGGAGCUGACAGUGACAGACGCGUCCCCAGACUCCCUGAGCCUGGCGUGGACGGUGGCCCAGGGCGACUUCGACUCCUUCAGCAUCCAGUACAAGGAUGGGGCCGGGCGGCCGCAGGUGCUGCGUGUGGGGGGCGAGGAGAGGGCGGCCACCAUGAGGGACCUGGACGCGGGGCGCAAGUACAAGAUGAACCUGUACGGGCUGCACCAGGACGGGCGCACGGGCCCGGUGUCCAUCGUGGCCGUGACCGCACCAGAGGAGGAAGCUCCGACCACCCAAGCAGCGCCCACCACGACCCCCGAGCCGCCCCCAAAGCCGCACCUGGGGGAGCUGACCGUGACCGACGCCACCCCGGACUCCCUGAGCCUCUCCUGGACGGUCCCCGAGGGACAGUUUGACCACUUCCUGGUCCAGUACAGGAACGGGGAUGGGCAGCCCAAGCUGGUGCGGGUCCCGGGGCACGAGGACGAGGUCACCCUGUCGGGCCUGGAGCCGGACCACAAGUACAAGGUGACCCUGUACGGCUUCCACGGCGGCCAGCGUGUGGGACCCGUGUCUGCUGUUGGGGUGACAGCUGCAGAGGAGGAGACCCCCAGCCCCACAGAGCCCAGCGCAGAGGCCCCGGAGCCCCACGAGGAGCCGCUCCUGGGGGAGCUGACAGUGACAGACGCGUCCCCAGACUCCCUGAGCCUGGCGUGGACGGUGGCCCAGGGCGACUUCGACUCCUUCAGCAUCCAGUACAAGGAUGGGGCCGGGCGGCCGCAGGUGCUGCGCGUGGGGAGCGAGGAGAGGGCGGCCACCGUGAGGGACCUGGACGCAGGGCGCAAGUACAAGAUGAACCUGUACGGGCUGCACCAGGACGGGCGCGCGGGCCCGGUGUCCGUCGUGGCCGUGACCGCUGCCCUGCCCACGCAGCCCCCUGCAGAGCCCCGCCUGGGGGAGGUGGCUGUAGCCUCCGUGACCUCCGACACAGUGCGCCUGGCGUGGACGGUGGCCCAGGGCCCCUUCGACUCCUUCCUGGUGCAGUACAGAGACGCUCAGGGGCAGCCCCAGGCGGUGCCCGUGCAUGGCGACCUCCGUGAGGCCACUGUCUCGGCUCUGCACCCGGCCCGGAAGUACAAGUUCCUGCUCUUUGGACUCCAGGACGGGAAGCGCCGUGGCCCUGUUUCCGUGGACGCGAAGACCUUCCCAGACACAAAACCCUCUCCUCGCCUGGGGGAGCUGACAGUGACCGACGCCACCCCUCACUCCAUGGGCCUCACGUGGACGGUCCCCGAGGGCGAGUUUGACUCCUUCGUGGUCCAGUACAAGGACCGGCACGGGCAGCCGCAGAUGGUGCCGGUGGCCGCAGACCAGCGCGAGGUCACCGUAUCUGGCCUGGAGCCAAAUAAGAGAUACAAGUUCCUGCUCUACGGCCUGGCGGGCAGGAAGCGGCUGGGCCCUAUCUCUGCCGAAGGCACCACAACUCCCCUGGAGGAGACUCCACAGACCCCUCCCCGCCUUGGGGAGUUGGCCACCAGUGCAGAGACCCCUGACUCCCUGCGCCUGGCAUGGACAGUGGCCCAGGGCACCUUUGACUCCUUCCUGGUGCAGUACACAGAUGCACAGGGCCAGCAGCAGGCGGUUCCGGUGGCUGCAGGCCAGAGGGAAGUCACUGUGGAGGGCCUGGAGCCCAGCAGGACAUACAAGUUCCUGCUCUAUGGGCUCGCAGGAGGACAGCGCCUGGGCCCCGUCUCUGCCCUGGGAGCCACAGCCCCAGAAGAGGACACUCCUGCCCCAGAGGACCCUGAGCCCCCAGAAGCCCCUCGCCUGGGGCUGCUGGCAGUGACCGAGGUGACACCGGACUCCCUGAGCCUCUCCUGGAGCGUGGCCCGGGGCCCCUUCGACUCCUUCGUGGUCCAGUACGAGGACACAAGCGGACAGCCCCAGGCCCUGCUGGUGGAUGGCGAUCAGAACAGGGUCGUCAUCUCUGGCCUGGAGCCCGGCACCUCCUACAAGUUCUUCCUCUCCGGGCUGCACGAAGGGAGGCGCCAGGGGCCCAUCUCCGUGCAGGGCACCACAGGGCCACCGCCUGCUGGUCAGACCCCUGGGGACCCAGGGCCGCGCCUGUCCCAGCUGUCGGUGACCGAUGUGACCACCAGCUCCCUGCGACUCAACUGGGAGCGCUGGGCCGUGCUGCGGGACCUGCGCCCCGCGACGCUGUACAGCCUGACUCUGUAUGGGCUGCGCGGGCCUCACAAGGCCGACAGCGUCCAGGGCACUGCCCGGACCCUCAGCCCAGUCCUGGAGAGCCCCCGGGACCUCCAGUUCAGCGACAUCCAGGAGCGCUCAGCCAAGGUCAGCUGGACACCACCGCCGUCCAGGGUGGACAGCUUCAAAGUUUCCUACCAACUGGCGGAUGGAGGGGAGCCUCAGAGCGUGCAGGUGGAUGGCCGGGCCCACACCCAUGACCUGCGAGGCCUGAUCCCUGGCGCUCGCUACGAGGUGACAGUGGUCUCCGUGCGCGGCUUCGAGGAGAGCGAGCCUCUCACAGGCUUCCUCGCCACAGUUCCCGACGGCCCCACCCAGCUGCGGGCAAUGAACUUGACCGAGGGGUCAACCUUGCUGCAAUGGAUGCCCCCCCGGACCCCUGUGGAUGAAUACAACGUCCGGGUCACUGCUGCUGGGGCCCCCUCUCUGCAGGGCUCGGCGCCGGGCAGCGCAGUGGACUACCCGCUGCACAGCCUGCUGCUGGACACCAACUACACCGCCACUGUGCGCGGCCUGCGCGGGCCCAACCUCACCUCCCCGGCCAGCAUCACCUUCACCACGGGGUUGCAGGCCCCCCAGGACUUGGAGGCCAAGGACGUGACACCCCGCACGGCCCUGCUCACCUGGACAGAGCCCCAAGUCCCUCCCACAGGCUACCUGCUCAGCUUUGGCACCCCUGGCGGGCAGACCCAGGAGAUCCCACUCCCGGCCGGGGUCACCUCGUACCGGCUUCUCCGCCUCUUCCCUUCCACCCCCUACAGCGCCCGGCUCCAGGCCAUGUGGGGCGCGAGCCUCACACCGCCCUUAGCCACCUCCUUCACCACCGGUGGACUGCCGGUCCCCUUCCCUCAGGACUGCGGGGAGGAGAUGCAGAACGGCGCCAGCCGCUCCCGGACCACCACCAUCUUCCUCAGCGGCAACCGGGAGCGGCCCCUGGACGUCUUCUGUGACAUGGAGACCGAUGGGGGCGGCUGGCUGGUGUUCCAGCGCCGCAUGGACGGACAGACAGACUUCUGGAGGGACUGGGAGGAAUACGCCCAUGGCUUUGGCAACAUCUCUGGGGAGUUCUGGCUGGGCAACGAGGCCCUGCACAGCCUGACACAGGCCGGUGACUACUCCAUGCGCGUGGACCUCCGUGCCGGGGACGAGGCCGUGUUCGCCCAGUACGACUCCUUCCGGGUCGGCUCAGCUGCCCAGAACUACCGCCUGCACCUGGAGGGCUACCACGGCACCGCAGGGGACUCCAUGAGCUACCACAGCGGCAGCGUCUUCUCCGCCCGGGACCGGGGCCCCAACAAUCUGCUCAUCUCCUGCGCCGUCUCCUACCGCGGGGCCUGGUGGUACCGGAACUGCCACUACGCCAACCUCAACGGGCUCUACGGCAGCGCGGUGGACCACCAGGGAGUGAGCUGGUACCACUGGAAGGGCUUUGACUUCUCGGUGCCCUUCACGGAAAUGAAGCUGAGGCCAAGAAGCUAUCGGUCCCCUGCCCGGGGAGGCUGAGCUGCCCCCCGCCUCUCUUGCACCCCAGAUGACUGCCAAGCACUGAGGGGUCGCGCCCAGAGCAGCUCCAAGGCUCUUCUCUGCCCUCGACCUCACAGCACCAUGUUUACAGGGGGGAGGGGAGGGAUUUGUAUGGGAGCAAUAAAGGAGAAACUGAGGCACGUGGCUGGCUCUGGUCCCGCCCGUCACUGGCACUGGCCCUGGCCCAGGCACGGGGCCCCCAGACCCCGGGGCUGC